AUGGCGAAUGCUUGCCCUGGAGACACCCUCUCUUUGGGCAUCUGCUUUGAACAUCAACGCGCUGACACAACUUCCAGAGAAGGGAAAACAGGAGAUAUUCAGGCGCACGGGGACCGCCCCUUUGUCAUUCGCGGGAGAUAUUCGUUCAUGGUCGUACCAGCAAUUCCUUUUCCGCACGUCCUUCACGAAUACUGGCCUCGUAUUCAUCGUCUCGACAUCUUGAUUCGCCCUUCUCUCGUGGACACGUACGACGAGGGGUGGUGUGCGAUAUAUCAGCCGGCGCCAUACCUCGAAGAAUUUUCCAUCAUGUUCUCCACAUUCCAGGGCGAAGAACCCACCGACACAUCCGAUGAUGAAGACGAUGAAACAGAGCACGUAAUCCAUAGCCCUCCAGGUUUUUUUGGCGGAGAGGCCCCACUACUCCGAUCCUUUUCGUGCCCGUCGAUUCACGAUUUCGAUUUUUCAGCACGGUGGCUGGUGAGCCUACGCCAUCUCCAAUUUGGACAAGGGGGGGAGGACGGGAAAAUCGGAAUACCAUUGGCGACGUUCCUAGGAACGUUGGACAACAUGAAGAAUCUUGAAACACUUCAUCUUUCGACUGAAUACCUUGUCGUUCCGGAGGACCCCACCGUUACGCUUCCCACCGCACACCUACCCCGCCUUCUCGACAUUCGUUUGGAGCCAGCAAAGGACGAGACACUCUCCUCACAGGUGUUUCUCUCCUCGAGCAUCUUGUGCCAGCGGCGGGAUGCGGACUGCACGUCCGUCUCAAAGAACGAUCAGGUCGUCUGA